AUGGUUUCCAAGUCCUUUGCGGUUGUGGUCUGCCAUGGCUCCUACCAUACCCCAGCUCCAUACCAAGCUCUUGUUGAUGGCUUAACUGCGAAGGGAAUCGAAGUCUAUUGUCCCCAACGGCCCACUUGUGAUCUCAGUCAGCUCAAUGUCGGCAACCCCAACAACCCUGAUUUCGAUCGCAAGGCUCCCCCGGGUGGCUACCCACUUCCCGCAGACGACGCGUCAGAGAUUGGACUGCUUCUUGACAAGUUGAUUGCACAGGGAAAGUCGGUACUGCUUGCAGGACACUCUUCCGGUGGUUGGGUCGCCGCUGAGGCUGCACAAUCUUCUCGCCAAGCUCAUGUCCGCGCAAAGGAAGGAAAGACCGGUGGUGUCAUUGGGAUAUUCUUCAUCGGGGCAUUCAUUAUUCCGCAGGGCCAAUCAGUGCACUCAUUCUUUCAGCCUCCGGACGGCAAAGUUGUUGUGCCUCCGUUUAUGCGAUUCCAUAAACAUGGUGUCAAUGGGCUUGGAACUAUGGUUGACCCUGAACAAUACCUGUUCAACGACCUUGACGCAGAGACUGCGAAGAAGUGGACAUCCACGUUGACAGCGGCCCCCGUUAUGAACAGUCCUCUGACCCAUAAUCCUUAUGAUGUGCUCCCAUGUGCCUAUCUCGUGUUAGAAAAGGACCGUACAUUGCCGAAGGAGUAUCAAGAGGGAAUGGCGGCGAGCCAGAGUAAGCCAUUCACGAUCUACCAUGCACCCUGCGGUCACUCGCCGCACCUUAGUUGGACCAAUGAGCUCGUUGUGAAGAUUGAGGAAUUUGGAAACCAGGUUCUAGCUGAAAGCAGCACAGCAGAUUAA